ACUUGUAAAUAAUUGUAUUGAUUACUAAUAUCUUAUAACAUUAAGCCGGGUAACUGGCAUUUUGGAGGUCGCAAAUUUUGGCAAACCGGAGCUCGAGUGAAGGGAAGCAAUCCCGACGGUUCUAUCAAUUCAAUUCGAGAGCAUCGACUGGCAAAGCACAAAACAGAUUCACGGUCCUCCUGUUUUCUGCUAACUCUCUUUUUUUAUUUUUGCGUUUGAAAGAAUCGGGGAUUGACUACGCCGGAUAGAAAGAAAAAUAACAGACAACGAUGAAGCUUCCGUCGAUGAGCCCUGCCGCAAAGGCAGUUUUCGAGCGUAUGCCUGCGCAGCUCAGCAAAUUCUUCCUGCGCUACCCGCCGCGGACAAUACAGAAGUACGCGGAGAAGCCGGUUCCGAUUGACGAUCCGACGCGGAAUCCGUUCUUGCCGGCGUUCAACCCGGCGACGAAGAAGUACCGGGAGCCGGUGUAUUCGCUGCGGCAGCAGAGCGUGCUGUAUAAGCUUGCGGAGGAGUACGGGGUGCGCAAGUUGUUGCCGUUUAUGACGAAGAAGUUUGGGCUUCAUAAGCAGGCUCAGAAGAAGAAGAUGAAGCGUAGUAAGAAUCCGAAGGGACACAAAUACGACAACACCAAGGAGGAACGGGCGGCCAAGCGUGCGGAAGCAAUCAGACAGAUGGACGAGAUUGUUGCGAAGGUCAAGGGCAAACGGUACCAGCGCAGAAUUGCCGCCAAGAGCAAGCUUCCCAAGCAUCUGUUCUAAGAGCUGGAUAUGUGUUUGGAUGGGGCGGGGCAGGGAAUAUGAAUUUGAAUUUACUUUUGCAGAAGUUAGGAAGACAGUUUAUUUGUAAUAUAGAACGAGGACAGACUGUUGUUAGU